UGAAAACCAACUCGCACAUUCCUUCUUUUAGCUCUCACAAAGCUCAACAGCGAUCCUUUUUGCUCACGGUAUCUCCUUUUGGCAUCAACCCUCAGCAGGCAACAGAGAAAUGGGAAACGAAAACGAAGACUGUGACUCUCUCGUGGAGAUUGAUGUUGAUAUGUACACCCCACCACCAGAAGAUGGUGGCAAGGAACUCGUCAUCAGUGAGGAUCUCGUCGACGACGACGAAGAUCCCGGUCCUGUUUUGGCUCUAGAGGAAGCAUGUCGUCGCAAGAUUACCGAGACAGACGUUGAUAAUCCCAGCAGCAUCCUUGAUUCCUCCAACAAAGAAUCUUCCGAGAAGCAAGACGAUUUGGCGCGAGAGAAACUGAUUGCAUCUCAAGAUGUUGUCAUCCGUCGCAAAGCAGGAGUGGUCAUGAUCGACAUGCCUGCUAACCCAACUAAUGCAGGCAGAAACAGUGAUCAAGUCAACCGACAUACAGCCUCCAUGAUGUUGUCACGUGUUCAAGUUAUUGAAGCUCAAGAUGCCACUGUUAGGCGCAAGGGAGGAAUGCUCUCUUCUACUACCACUAUGAGCACGAAUGGUGCCAUUGACGAGGGCGGCCGACAAGGAGAUUACAUUGCUGGAGAGGCGAACACUUUUAGAAGGGGUCGACAGGUCAUGUCUUCAGGGAAUACAUGUACUGUCAACCUUCCAGAUGAUAUUCUUCAUGCCGUCAUGCCCAUGCCGUCCAGCCUAUCCAGGACGCCAGGAGGUGGCAGCCACUCAAGGACUUCUACUCCUGGCGCCUUUCCAGUUUUCGGACCAGUGCCAGGAAACCCAAGAUCCCUUGCUCGUCACCAACGUAAUCUGGAAACAGAGGAAGGUCUGGGGGGAUCUUCUACUUUUAAUGUACACGCAGAACCCAACGUCUUCUCCUCCUAUGAGGUUGGCUUGGUCCAUGCUCGUCAAGUGGGACAAGAAGAUAUUGGGCAAGCAGUUCUUAUGUCGCAAGACUUAGAGAGCCAAGGAGAGGCGGGAGGGAAAUCCAAGUCUCAUGCAAAAAAGGAAGUUCACUGUUACAUUGUGGUUGGAAUUGGGUUGGUUCUGAUUUCUAUUUUGGUUGUUGCUGUGGCGGUAGCGGCAGCGGGCAAGAGCAAUGAUUCUGCUGUCACCUCCAAGCCUCAGACAGAUGCAACUGGAGAUUCAACGAUUGACUUUACCAGCGCCACCUCAAAUAUCACUACCAUUGCUCCCACCGCAGCACUUGUUGUGGACCUUCCAGAGUACACUCUAAAGGUUCUCAGGGAAGAUAAAGAAGGCACUGCACCACAGUCAAGAGCUUACAAUUGGCUGAUCAAUGACAAGAAUCUUGAGAGCUACUCCGCAGAAAGACGUCUGCAGCGAUUUGCCUUGGCCUGUUUCUACUAUGCCACUGGUGGUGAACAGUGGCUGAUGGGGGGAUCAAGCAGCAACAACCACAGUACAAAUAAUAGUGCUAGCAACAGUCAGCAUCAUGGGCGCCUUUUACAGCCAAGUCCAGAUGGCCCCAGACCAUACAUGAAGCCAACAGAAGGACAGCAAAAACAAGGCUGUUCAGACACCACUCCAAGUGGGAAGCAAGGGCCCGGGAGUGAUGGUGACCCCACCCUGCCUCCGUGUCGUGGUGGUGCUCGCUGGCUGGAUUAUUCAGCUCAUGAAUGCACAUGGUUCCAUAGGUUUUCCAGCAUUGAAGAAUCAAUCUGUGAUGAAAAUGGUGCCUAUGAAACUAUCAGGCUGGUGGCAAAUGGAUUGCGUGGAACACUGUGUCCUGAACUGGCCCUGCUGUCGAAUCUCAAAAAAAUUCUGACAUCGGACAUUGGGGGAACAAUGAUACCAACAGAGAUUGGAGCUGGUUGGCAGAAGAUUGAAUGGGUAAUGUUGAUGGGCGGGCGAGGCGGGAGCCUCCAAGGGACUCUACCUUCUGAGAUUGGUUUGUGGAGUGAAACAAUAGAAAGGUUUAGCGUCAUGGCGAACAACCUGAGUGGAGGUAUACCAACAGAACUCUUUGCUCUAUCCAGGUUGGAGUCCCUUCAACUGCUCGACAAUCGCUUUGUGGGUCCAUUCUUUCAUCCUGAACUUCUCCCCAACUUGAGAGCACUGACACAGUUGGAGAUACUGGAAAAUGAGUUUGAUGGAACCAUUGCUACUGAGAUUGGUCUUGUUACCAAUCUGGAAAUACUAUCAUUUCAUUUUGACCAUGGCACAGGUCUUAUGACUGGUACGCUGCCAACAGAGCUUGGCUUGCUCACUGAAAUGUACUUUUUCUCAGCAGGAAAUCAUCUGCUGACUGGUCAGAUCCCCAGUGAGCUUGGCCUCUGGCCGCUUCAUACACUGAGUGUCAAGGACAACCCUCUGACAGGUACUAUCCCAUCGGAACUAGCAAGCAUAGAAAUCCCGUUUGUUUACAUUCAAAGGACUGAGUUGAGUGGCACAGUCCCAAGUACAUGGUGCAAUGCAACAGUACUGCGCUUUACCUGUUCCGAAACACUCUGCGGCUGUGACUGUCCUUGCAGUCUUGGAAACCAGACUCAGGAUUCUACCGACCCAUAAGCCUGGAUACAAAACCUAACUAGCUAGCUAGAAGACACUCAUCCAUUUGAGCUCUUGCGGCAACUUGGAAAGCCCCUCUUCUUGAAUUGAUUGCAUGGAAUGAUCAAUCGAAUCAAAUGGUUGAACAAUGAUUGAAUUUGAAU